CGGCUGGGCCAAGCGCCCUUCAGCGCGGGGAGAAGGCGCCGGCGGGAGCUUCCGCUCGCCCGGAACAAAGCGGCAGGGGCGGGGCGGGGCGGGGCGGGGCUCGGUGCAGCGCGGGAGGCGGGUCCCGGCAGCAGCCCCGCGGGAGGCCGCCUCCGCGCGGGCCCGCGGCUUCUUUCUCGGCCCGCUCCGCCGGCAGCCCCAUGGCCGCGGCCCCGCUGGGCGGCGCCGCCGGGAGCCUGCUGCAGUUCCUGAGGCUGGUGGGGCAGCUCAAGAGAGUACCACGAACAGGCUGGGUGUACAGGAAUGUAGAGAAACCAGAGAGUGUAUCGGAUCAUAUGUACAGGAUGGCAGUCAUGGCUUUGGUGACUGAAGAUAAACAACUUAAUAAAGACAGAUGUGUACGACUAGCUCUUGUUCAUGAUAUGGCUGAAUGCAUUGUUGGAGAUAUAGCACCUGCAGAUAACAUCUCCAAAGAGGAGAAACAUCAGCGAGAGGAGGCAGCUAUGAAACAUUUGACCCAGCUGCUAUCAGAAGACCUGAGAAAAGAAAUCUAUGAACUCUGGGAAGAAUAUGAACACCAGUCUACAGCAGAAGCCAGAUUUGUAAAAGAGCUGGAUCAGUGUGAGAUGAUACUCCAAGCAUCUGAGUAUGAAGAGUUGGAAAAAAUGCCUGGAAGACUGCAGGACUUUUAUGAUUCCACUUCAGGAAAAUUUAAUCACCCAGAAGUAGUCCAGCUUGUGUCGUCCAUUAAUAUGGAAAGAAAUACAAAAAUAGCUGAUACAACAAGUGAGCCACCCUCUUGAGGCAUUUUAAAACUUCUGUAGCUAAAAUUUAUUUUCCUCCUUUUAGUGUUUUCCUGCUAAAGCAUCACUAAUUUUUCCAGGAAUGUUUUUUCUUUCCAUUAAUUGCUUGGAAUUCAUGGAAAAAUAUAGAUAAGGGAAAUGGGAUACAUUUUGCAUUUGAUAUCAUAGGAUGCCAAACAGUGUAAAUAGGGCUGUGUCUUUUUUUAAUUUGAUGAAACCUGUUUUGUCAAUUGCUUGACUCAAUUUUGAUUCAUCAUGAAAUACAGUAGAACCUCAAACACCAGAGUUAGAGACUGACUGGUCAACCAGACACCAAUGGAGACCAAAAAACCCCCCCCCAAAUAUGGUACUGGCUCAUAUUGCAUCUUAAAGGUAGGCACAUCUGGGCUGCCUGUCCCCACCCCUAUGUAUGGGGCACCUACUCACAGGUAGGAGUUGAAGAUGUUGAGAUGUGCAGGCAAAGCUGUGAGCCCAAGGCAGCUGGAGCAAAAGCAACAGUGGGGUCUACACUGCUUUCACCAGCAUCCCCCCACCACCCACAGUCGGGAGGGGGACAAGCUGGCCUGGGUAGUGAACUGCUGGAGCCAGAGCUAUGAACAACCUUUAUUCCUAAGGUGUUGGUAACUUGGAGGUUCUACUGUAUACUCAAGAGGCCAAAUAACCAGUGUUAGUCUGGUUUAUGGAAAAAGGUUCCAUAUGAUACCAGUCUCAUCUCAUGUGGCAUUGUUACAUUCACCUUACAUGUGAGCUCCCAAAGUUACACUCCAAAUGCUAUCUUUUUAUACAUUAAAAGGGUCAUCUAAAACUAGAUUUAACCAA